CGUAGUUUGAUCGUGUUUACUAUACGUGCGUAAAAUUCAUGCUUUCAGGUUAACUAUUGAAAUAUUCAAGUGACCACGUUAUCAAUUUAUAAAGCUGCUAUUUAAGAACGGCGAAGACAAUGAAUGAUUGAAUGAGCGCUGGGGCUGCAUUUGCAUUGUUUUAUCACAUAGUAAUUUGUGGAAUCUCAUUAAUACAGAUGGUACAACUUGCGCGGGCCUCACGAGAUUAGAACUGUAGAGGAAAACGCAAAUUUUGAAUCAGUGGGAAGCAUUACACGAGCAAAGAACAUUUAAAAAAAAUUUGGACACUUCAUUUGGACUUUGUGUUGUAAGACCAUAGUCAUGAAGAAGGAACAUCAACUAAUACUGCUGCCUCUCUUCGCUGCCUGUUGUUAUGGGAUGAGCGUGGAUCUGUCACGGCUUACAGGGAGACUCGGAAAAAUAUACGCCGAUAAACGCGGGGGAGCAGGUAAUCCAUGUGACAGAGAGGACAUGCCAUUCCCAUGCCAGAGCUCUGACGAGUGCAUUCCACUGAAAUAUGUAUGUGAUCAGAGCCCGGACUGCAAAGACGGCUACGAUGAAAAUCCAGAUCUCUGCAAAGCAAAGGAUCGCCCUGCAUUCAAUGAUUUGGUUCUAUUCCUAACCAAAGAAAAAUGGCUCAUGUCCAGUAUUUUUGCGGGAAAAUCUUUGGCCUCAGUUGCACACGGUUUAACUGUGAGCCAAGACGUGGAUGAUUUCGCUUCACGCACAGGAUUGGACCAGAAGCACACAGGCAUGUUAAACGCCGCACUCAAAGCAGCAAAAACCGGCCGUAUGAAGCCUCUGAUCGACAUGGGUAUGCCGCAAUCCAGCAGCAGCGAAAAUACGGUCAAAUACGUAUUCGGAAAAUUACUUGAUACAGGAUUCUAUUAGACUGCAGUUAUACUUGUGGCUUAGUGCCUUCAUCUUGUACAAAUCCAUUCUUGAAAAAAAAAACACGAUAUUGUUCGGUGAAAUUCAUGAGCAUCAGCUGGUGCCAGAAACUGGUCAUAUUUUGACAUAUGUCGUGACAUUAGCGUAGGAGCUCAGUUGAGACACUGACAAGUGGCAAAUAACUCCAAAGUGUUUCACCGCAACAAAUUAUCAUCUCGUCUUUGGGCAAUUGAUUUACCAAAUUAUAUAAGAUGCACUCAAAAAAAUCUGCAACGUAACAGUGAUUGUUGAAUUUGUCAAAAAAUAUCUCCAGUCUGUGCUUUACUCUAAUUUAACUAUACAGGCUAACUUUUUUUUUAUUUCCUGUCUCAUCUUCUGGUACCAUUCAUAGCGUCUUUGCGAAAUAAACUGUACAUGUAGCUAUUUUUCCACUCA